AUGGUCGCAGGACUUGACUAUCUAUCGGAGCGCGGCGAUCUUGAUGCAUCCCGGCUCUUCCUAGUCAGUAUCUGCCAAGAUGGCCCGAAUCCAUGGAUGUGGCAUCCUACGAUAACCGGGGGCGUGGCUUCGGUCUCGGGAUACUACCGAGACUAUGAAACCGACAUCUACAUCUACAUCCACAUAAUUUGCGCUGGGUGUGUUUCAUGGACGCCUGGUACCGAUAUAGCGGAGAGGAAAAUGCCCACCCGCGAACACUAUACCAUCGUUCCUGGCGUGGCGAAGCUGGACAAGCCGGCGCUGCUCAUCCACGGCGACAACUGUCUGAAUGCGGCUGCUGCUAAGCGCCAGUAUGAGUCCAUCCCCACAAGUCAAAAGAAGUUGAUCUGA